AUGGAUGGCGAGACGGCAGCAGCUCCUCCUCUGUCUUCUCCAUUAAGUGGUCGUGCAGCAGCUGAGGACCGUGUGUCGCCGCCCCAUCGGCAGCAGCAAGCACAGGCUCCUCUUAUCUCCCCUACCUCGGCGUCCCUCGCUGCUGCGGUGGUAGCGCAGCCGCACACGCACGAAAUCAGCAGCACUGGGGUGGCUCUGCUGCACCAAGAGCUGCUUCUAUACACAUUACGCCGGUGCAGCCCCAUAUACAGGGCCUCAGAUGCUUCCCCAGAGUGUGUUUCGAUUCGCGGGCGUCACUCGUCUGCAGCAGGAGCCCCCGCAGCGGCAGCAGCAGCAGCAGCAGCAGCAGCGGUACCACUGCUGCAGAGCAUCGGCUUCCGUGUGGGUAGCCGCGUGGCCGAGCGGCUGACGCUCAAAUGCUGCCGCAUGCCGGAGCAGCGAGAGUGCGUGAAGUUUAUUUGCAAAGACUUGUGGCAUUUUCUGUUUCAGAAGCAAGCAGACCGACUGCAAACAAAUAGAAGAGGGGGGUACGUUGUACACGACGCAAAUCUUCCUUGGCUGCGCCGCGUUCAUCCCUCUGCUGCUGCUCCAGCAGCAACAGCAACUGCAACAACAGCAGCAGCAGCAGCAGCAGCAGUAGCAGCAACUGGGAAGCCGUCUGAAGUGCUGCAGCAGCAGCACGAAGAGGAGCUGCUGCGAGCAGCAGCUACGCAGCCGCAGCUCCACGUUGCUUUUGUCUGCGGUGCUAUUAGAGGAGCACUUGUGGCUCUGGGCUUAGAACACAGCAGCAGCAGCAGCAGCAGCAGCAGCAACAGCCGCAAAAGCAGCAGCAGCAGCAGCAGCAGCACUAACAACAGCACCACCAACAGCACUAGCAGCAGCAGCAGCAGCAGCAGCAGCAGCAGCAGCAGGAUGGCUCGCUGCGGACGGUGCGUCGCUAUGGAGGCGGAGGUAUUUGAUUCCGUUAGAGACCUGCGAGACCCCGAAUUUCCUGAAGAAACUCUUGAAGAUCUGCACGUUGUGCUGCCUGAGCUGAUUGUCGUCAGGUGUACAGCCACCUGCCGCAUCCACGGCAACAGCAGCAGCAGCAGCAGCAACAGCAACAGCAACAGCAACAGCAAUAGCAGCAAUAGCAACAGCAACAGCAGCAGCAGGAGCAGCGGCGAAAAUCCGGAGUACUUGGACCCCUGGAAAGAGGAGGACUGUAUUAACUGCUGCAGCCGUUGCAGCAGCAACAGCAGCAACAGCACGAGCAGCAGCAGCACGAGCAGCAGCAGCAGUAGCAGCAUGAGCAGCAGCAGCAACAGUAUCAGCAGCAUGAGCCGCAGCAAUGAAGAUGCGAUAAUAGAAGGCUGCACUGCGGAUUGCCGCUGCUGCUGCAUUGUGGUGUCUGUACACCCCACAAGCCCCCGCUGCUCCUUUGCUUCUGUCUUGGGGUUGGUUGUGCGGUCUCGUCUUUCUCUUGAUUUUGCUGCAGCAGAUGCAGCAGCAGUAGCACUGAACGGCAGCUACGAUGCCUUUGGAGCAGCAGCAGCAGCAGCAGCAGCAGCAGCAGGAGGUUAUUUGUUUGGGGGCGGCUUGCAGUUUGCUGUCCCUCGUCUGUCUCUAUGGGUGAGGGUCUGCGGGCAUGAAGCAGCAGAAGCACUAUCUAAGCAGCUGAAUGAUAAAGAGAGAAUUGCUGCUGCUCUAUGCACCCCUGCUAUCAGACGCACUGUCCUUAGCGCAAUGCAGCUGGAGGAAUAA